CCCAAACCUCACUCGGGAAGCGGGAGAACCAGAUGAGGCGUUACGCAAGGCCUGAUGUUUACCUCCCGCAGGAGCCUCCACCCUCCCUAUAAAGCCUGAUGUGGUGGGGAGAUUCGCGCACAGAUCGAGACUCUGGUUGAGACCGAGGCAGCCCCAGGAGGGGGGCAGAGAAGCGGCAAAAAUUCAUGCGGGAGACGCAGAGAGGGGCACCGACUCCGCAAGCAGCAGGGCCGGCCGGCCAUCUGUGCGCUCGAAGGCGGUCGCGGAGGUCGAGGAAGGGGCGGCGUUCAGACCCGGGCUCCCCAUGGAUGCGCCGGAGCUGGGCCCGGGGCUGGUGGAGCGUCUGGAGCAGCUGGCGACGUGUCCGCUGUGCAGCGGCCCCUUCGAGGACCCGGUGCUUCUGGCGUGUGAGCACAGCUUCUGCCGCGCGUGUCUGGCCGGCUGCUGGGGGACCCCGCCGGCGGCCGGCACGGAGGCUUCCCCCACCGCUUGCCCCUGCUGCGGCCUGCCGUGCCCCCGCCGCUGCCUGAGGUCGAAUGUGCGGCUGGCGGUGGAGGUGCGGAUCAGCCGCGGGCUGCGGGAGAAGCUGGCCGAGCCUGGGUCCCGCGCGGGGAGACGCCGAGGGGGCCGCAUCCCCACCAUGGGCUGCCUGGACCCGCACACAGAGGAUAUAAGGAAGACAUGGAGACGAUUUGACGUCCCAACACCCAAGUCAUCUAACUCAGAGGAUGAUCUCCCUGAAGAUUUCCCAGUGGUCAAGAACAUGCUUCACAGACUGACCGCUGACCUUACCCUGGACCCUGGCACCGCGCACCGCCACUUGCUCAUCUCUGCCGACCGCCGCAGCGUCCAGGUGGCCCCACCGGGGACGCCCGCGCCCCCUGACGGCCCUACGCGCUUUGACCAGCUCCCGGCCGUGCUGGGCGCACAGGGCUUCGGAGCUGGCCGCCACUGCUGGGAGGUGGAGACCGCGGGCGCCGCCUCCUGCACAGACUCUUCUGGGGAGGAUGAGGACGACGGGGAGAGCCGCUAUGCCGUGGGCGCGGCAGGGGAGUCGGUGCAACGCAAGGGUCGCGUGAGGCUGUGCCCCGCGGGAGCCGUGUGGGCCGUGGAGGGCCGCGGCGGCCGUCUCUGGGCCCUCACGGCACCGGAGCCCACCCUGCUGGGCGGCGCCGGGCCCCCGCCGCGGCGCAUUCGCGUGGACUUGGACUGGGAGCGGGGUCGCGUGGCCUUCUACGACGGCCGCUCGCUGGACCUGCUCUUCGCCUUCCAGGCGCCCGGGCCCCUGGGUGAGCGCAUCUUCCCGCUGUUCUGCACCCGGGACCCCCGCGCCCCGCUGCGCAUUGUGCCAGCGGAAGGCUGAGAGUUUCGUCCCCAGCCCCCAUGCUAGUCGCCGGCCUCCCGAAGCGCCGAAGCUGCUUACUCUUGGGCUUGGAAGUCCCCACUCAUUGCAGGGAUCAUGUCCGCACGCCCACUGCAGAAGUAUUAAUAAGCACCGCACACCAAACCAUA